UUAACUGGGACCCUGGGUGUUUGAUUGAUAUCAUGGGAUGUAUUUAGUUUAAAAUCUUAAAAAGUGUAACACAUUUUCCUCACAUUAGGCAUUUUAGCAAUGGAUUUUAUUGAAAAUUUACUUAGCCACAUGUCAUCAACUUUUAAUCGAGAAAGCAUAUUGCCUAAGCAGGAAGAAAUAGCAGAAGACGAAACAUUUAAAUGGAGAGCAUUGAAGAAUAACCAAUUUGCAAGCAGAUCAAAAAACUCUCAACCAAAACAUUCAAAUAUAAAUAUUUCUUCGGCACCAUUUGCAGAAGAUAUUUCUGCAUCCAAUACUAACUUCGAACGAAGUGAAGUUGUUAUUGAGAUAGCAAAUGGAAUAAGUAAUGCGGAAAUUAAAGAAGCCCUAAUCACGCAACAAUCUGCUUCAGCAGAAAAUGGAGAAAGUUCGCAUCAAAAUUAUACGUAUGGCAAAAGUGAAACCGAAAUCUAUAGAACAAUCAACUUGCAUGAUGGUGACAAAUUUGAAACCGUUUCCACGUCAAAUUUGUUCAAACACAUGUCUUCCACUUUUAAUGCCACCGGAGAAGUACAUACCAAAAACAUUAAAAGAAUAAAAUCAUACGAAAAAUCUAACAAAUUCAACGUUUGUACAGUUCGAAGAUCAAACCGGCUCAGACAAGACAGCUUAAAAAAUGAGUGUACUGAUUAUCAAGAGCAGAGUAUUAUAGAAUGUCCUGGAACUGCUGUGAAUAAUUUAAAGUUAUCUCGUAAUAGUGAAUUUCUACAUAAAACAGUUACAAGUCUCAUAGUGCCAAAACAUGAUGCCGUAAAUCAAAUCACUUUGGAAUGCAAAAACAUAAAUCUCGAUGAUGGUAAAAGUGCACCAGCUGAAUGCGCCAACAAAAAAAAAUAUUCUUCAUAUCAAACAAUCAGUAAACAGAAAACAAUAUUAAAUAUGAGUGUAAAAAAAAACUUGCUGCAUCAAACAAUGGAAUUGAAGAAUAUUUUAAUUUGAAAGGAAAACAUACGGCAAGCCACAAGCAAAACAAUCGCAAACUUAAAAGUUUGUUAAAUAAGAAAUCCGUCAGACAUAACGAUGCGGAAACGUUAAAUGUGUACUCUAAUAUCGAAAAUACAUGCCGUUUGAGA